AUGGCUCCCUCGGCCAUUGACGAGGCGCCUCAACCCGCCGGGCGCAAUCCACCCAAGCCUCCGCCAAAGCUAUGGAGCGUGUCAGAGCCACCUUUCGAAGGCUUUCGGCCUGUCGACCACGAAGGCUGGUCGCGUAGCAACAGCGAGACGGCUAUAGUCAUCGACAAUGGCUCCUCAGCAGUUCGCGCCGGAUGGUCUUUCGACUCGAAACCGCGACUCUCAGUGCUCCCCAAUAUGGCCAGGUAUCGCGAUCGCAAGCUGAACCGGACCUUUACCUUCAUCGGAGCAGACGUCUACGCGGAUGGCACGGCGCGAGGACAAUCCAAGCCCGUCUACGAACCCGGCAGCAACAUCAUCAACAACUGGGACGUCAUGGAGGGCGUGCUAGACUACUGCUUUGUCAAGAUGGGUGUCGACGGUCAGUCAGGGCGCAUAGAACGGCCCGUUGUCAUGACCGAGCCUAUUGCCAACCUAGGCUAUUCAAGAAAGACCAUGUCUGAGAUCCUGUUCGAGUGCUACGGUGCACCCUCGGUCGCAUAUGGAAUCGACUCGCUCUUCUCCUACGCUUACAACGGUGGUCGCAGCGGCUUGGUCAUGGAUUCUUCAUACACUUCCACGCACGUUAUUCCCGUCGUCAACUCAAAACCUCUACUAUCGCAAACCACGCGACUCAACUGGGGCCGCUUCCAGUCCGCACAAUACCUACUAAAGCUUCUGAGGCUAAAGUAUCCCACAUUCCCUGGCAAGAUCAGUGACAAUCAGGCCGAGGAUCUUGUCCGCGAGCACUGCUAUGUAUCGCAAGAUUACGAGAAUGAACUCAGCCACUAUCUUGACUGGACAGGCCUUGAGGACCGAGAUCACACAAUUCAAUUCCCUUACACAGAGCAGAUUGUAGUGCAGAAGACAGAAGAAGAACUAGCUGCCGCUGCCGAGAAGCGCAAGGAAAGUGGCCGAAGAUUGCAGGCUCAGGCUGCCAAAAUGCGUCUGGAGAAACUGAAGAAGAAAGAGGAAGAGCUCGAAUGGUGCCUACAGUUGCAGGCACAGCUUGAAGAGAUUACUACAAAAAAGGAAAAGGCCCGUGUACUUGAAUCCAAUGACUUUGACGACGAGAACCAGCUCAACAAGCGAGUCAAAGAACUAGAGUUUGCCAUCAAGAAGGCCCGGAACAAGGAUCUUGGCGACGUAGAGGAGGAGCAGGCCGAAGCACCUACUUUCCCUCUCCUCGACGUUCCAGAUGACCAGCUGGAUGAGGAAGGCAUCAAGCAAAAGCGGCAGCAACGGUUGAUGAAGUCCAACUACGACGCCCGUCAACGCGCAAAGAUAGAAAAGGAAAAGGAAAAGGCACGAUUGGCAGAGGAGCAGCGCCUUGAUGACCAACGGCGAGAGGAGGAUCCCCAAGGCUGGAUUGAGGAGCGCAGGAUAGCACGACAAGCCAUUAUCCAGAAGAUCAAGGACCGUGAGCGACUGAAAGCCGAACUCGGAAACCGCAAAUCCCUCGCCAACCAGAUGCGCAUGAAAUCCAUCGCGAACCUUGCAUCUGACACCCCGACCAAGAAAAGACGGCGAGGUGGCGGCGACGACGACACAUUUGGUGCCGAUGAUGCUGACUGGGGCGUUUACCGCACCAUCGCAACAGGCGAAGGUUCUGACGAUGAGGAGGAAGAGGAUCUCUCCAAGAACCUCAAAGAGAUAGAGUCUCAACUCCUCAAGCAUGAUCCUGACUUUACGGAAGAGUCAACACGUGAAGCGCAGACUGAUUGGACUAAGAGCAUCCUUCAUGCUUUCCUGCAUGGCCCCUACCCGUUUGAUCCAGAGUCACAAAAGGAAAUCAACCAGAUUCAUCUUAAUGUUGAACGCAUCCGCAUCCCAGAAGUGGUCUUCCAACCUACAAUUGCUGGCCUCGACCAAGCCGGCAUCGUUGAGAUUGCAUCCAACAUCCUGACCGAGCGCUUAGGCGAUUCUCCCUACCGUGAUGACGUCUUGAAAGACAUUUUCCUUACGGGUGGUAACACUAUGUUCCAGGGCUUCGAGGAGCGACUCAGAGCCGAACUGAGAGCUGUUUUACCGGCGGAGCAGACGAUCAAUGUACGAAAGGCGGGUGAUUGUGUGCUGGAUGCUUGGAAGGGAGCUGCGCAGUGGGCUGCGAAGAAAGAGUCGAAACGCAAUUUCAUUACCAGAGAGGAGUUUUUGGAGAAGGGAGCGGAGUACAUCAAAGAGCACGAUCAGGGUAACGCGGCUUACUAG